ACUGGAUAAACCAGGAUGUAAUAUUGAUCCCGUGAAGACCCGCUAUCUGUUGUUUUUUUUUAAUACAAACACAAAGCUCUGUCCCGAGGAUAUAGAUUCAGUGGUCGUGUGUGUGUGUGUGCGUGUGUCAUGUUUUCAUCCAUACUGUAAGAACAAGGGAACUAGACGCUGUAAAUAGACAUUAUUUCUUGCUAUUGGCGGAUACUCAACAACUAAUUGGCUAUAUAGGGUUUGGCUGUUAGCCGCAUGGAAAACAUGCACAUUAAAAGACACGAUGACUUCAGAACUAAUGUCAAACGUCUGAGCGACGAAGAGGACGAAGACAUGGGUACGAAAUUUGGAUCCAAAGCAUCACUGGAAGGCAAACAAGACCAAGAAAUGUUGGACGUGUUACCUUCAAGUAUGGAUCUGCCAGAUAAUGUCAGAUCACAAACAUCACUGUGUGAAUUGCCAUAUGGGGUCACUUUAGAACUGAUGAAUUCAAUGGACAAUGAUAAAGGAUGGGAACAGUUAGCUGCUGCAGUAGGAUACACUUUUGACAAUCUAUUACGUUUGGGACGCAAGCAAAAAGAAGUAGAUGGCAGUCCAACUAAAACACUCUUAUGGGAGCUGGGCAGCAAGAGCUAUACAGUAAAAACUUUGUAUGAAAAGUUAAGAUCCAGGGAGAGAGUAAGAGACAUGCAAAUUUUAUUAGCCUAUGUGAAAGGCUGUACAGAAGAAGAACAAUUGAAAAAGACAAUGAAGAAACCUUAUUACACAAGCGUACCUUUGCCCAAAGAACUUGAUUCACCAUUGCUUUCCCAGAAUUCAAGUCUGAACUCUCCCAACAGUGAAGUUAAUUUCAACCAGCCUCAUUCAAUGAACAGGGUUACCAAGACGCUAGCUACCAACAAGAAGUAUGAUGACAAGGUGAUCCCAGGGACAGUUGGACAAGGGGAAUUAGCCUCACUUUACAGUGAUUUUACCCCUGGAAUGUCUAGUGAGGGUUACCCAAGGUCCUUGCACAACCAGUUAGCAGAUUCGCUGGCUAAGUUUCCUGGUAGUGUGUCGCCACAGAGACAUCAGCCCAUAGAAAUGUCUGAAACCCAACUGCAGAGGCCUGUCAGCCAUUCUCCUACUUCCCCUCCACAAGGUGCUACUAGUAGGGCAUCCUCAUCAGGGGCAGAAAACAUUAAGAGAAUGCUGCAAGAUCCUGUCUUGGUGACAAGUCCUUCAACACAGAGCCCAGGUAGUCGGUCACCCUUGUCUAUCGGACUUCAGCUACCAAAGGGUUUAAUUCCAGGCUCUUUGACUUCAAGCCCAGACCAAUCCAGGCAGGAAGAAAACAUGGCUGUGAUGGUCAAGUCCCCAUUUAGCUGUGAUGAGCUCUAUCAAGCCACCGAGGGAUAUAGUGAUAGGAAUGUACUGGGAGAGGGAAACUUUGGUAAAGUGUACAAAGGUCAUCUGCGGGGUCAAGAAUGUGCAAUUAAAAAGUUAAAAACUUCUAUCCAUGAUGCUGAGGAUCUGUCCAAACAAAUAACAGCGGAAUUAACAACAUUGUUGAAAUAUCAACAUGAAAACAUCCUGACAUUAUAUGGCUAUGCAGUAGAUAAUCUAGAGCUGUGCCUAGUGUACCAGUAUCUCAGCAAUGGAUCAUUGGAAGACCGCCUGGCCCUAAAAAAUAAUUCUCAGCCCCUUUCCUGGGAACGUAGGCUAAACAUUAUUAUUGGUACAUGUAAGGGUCUUUCCUUUCUCCACACAAUGGGAGAUCAACCUUUGAUUCAUGGAGAUAUAAAAAGUGCAAACAUUUUGCUGGAUAAAUAUUUGGAGGCCAAAAUAGCUGACUUGGGGCAGGCCAAAUAUGCCACUAGUAGCAGCACGGAUAGCAAAGGCUUCACCCACAUCACUAUAGCUGAGAGUCUGACCAAGCAGUUCAGCACCAAGGCAUAUCAGGCACCCGAGGUGUUCAGUGGUAUCGGUACCACCACACUGUCCACAAAGUCGGAUGUGUUUGCACUGGGUGUGGUCAUGCUUGAAAUUUGCACUGCUAUCAAAGCCCAUGAUCCAAACCUGCAGACAUUUCUAAAAGACUAUUUUCUAGAGUAUGAAGGUACCACAACUGACUGGGCAAGUAGCUGUAAAGAUUCUUACUUGGAUUACAUAGGAAUAGAACCCAUCGUGCAAGUGUUAAAUGUAGCUAAGAAAUGUAUGGACCGAGUUAAAAAGAGACGACCAGAGAGUAAGAAGCUUCUUGAUGAAAUGAAAAAAAUCUAUGAAGCUACUUGUAGCUUUGAGCCUCAGAUGACUUCAUCCAAUCUGCCUACAAUAGGUUCAGUAUUUGUUUCUUCCAAAACUAAUGCUAUUGAGCAGAUGCAGCAAGAGUUGAUAGAUGGGUGUCAACAGGCCUCAAGAAAUUCUUAUUCCUUCCAGACUAGCAUGGCUAGCCCCAGUAAGCCAGCAUAUCUUCAAAUGGACAGAAGCAAAGAUGUGUCUGUGCCCUUGCUGUUACAAGCUGCAUAUGAUGAACAUGCAGCAGAUGUUUUUAGACAGUCGUCUCGGGACAGUAAUAGUAGGGUAAAUUUUGAGCUUCCUCAGUCAGACCCUAUGAAGCAGGCGGAACUAGACCGCUUUGACGCACUUAACAUUGGUGAAGGUAUAAAUGAGGUAACCUCUUUGGCAUGUGAUCCAGCCAAAAUUGCUUAUCUUACACAGUUUGAUGAGAGCCCUUAUACCAGCCAGAAGCCACAAUGGCCACCAGUGUCCCCAUCAGCCUCACCAUCAGCCACAUAUGGACCUGAGGGAUUCAGCACUUGCUCUCGCACCUCAGAACUGGCCCAACAUGGGAGUAACUGUGCGUCUGGAAACAGUGGCUUCAGUGACAGCAGUUCAGGUGGCUGCACAAGCAACACAUCACAUGCUCCUCUCAGUGGUGUAUCAACCCCUGGCUCUGACUCAAGUGCCACCAAGCACAAGAGUAUGAAAUUUCUAGAUGACUACUUAGAACAGAUAGGAAACUGUCCUGAUGAAAAUUAAAGGAAAAGAUAUAUUCAAACUAUUAAUUUGUUCUGAGUAAUGAGAGCAUCUGAAGAUGUGCCUUGCUAGUGACUGGUGCUGUAGUUUACAGUGAAGCAGUUAAUGCCAAAUGUGUGAUGUUUGAAAUGUAUCUUAGUUCUUGUUGAUAGCAUUUUUGUUUAGCAAUAAGUUACCAUUGUUCUUAUACUAAUCUCAAUUGUUGGUUUUGUAUGUAUCUGCUUGAGUGAUCUCAGUAUAAAAAAAAAACGGCUUAACCCUCUCGCUAAAACUGUUAAUUUUUGUGUGUACUGAAUUUUGUUGAUUAUCAGAGGGAAAGGAAAUUUUCCUUACAGACUUUUUCAUGCAUGCUUAAUUUUUUUUUCAAUUCAAAGAUUUGAAUUUCCACGGCAGUAUGUUGGGCGAAUAACUAGCUCAUUAGAUUCAGCCAGCAGCAGUUAACAAAGAUUUGAAUUUCCAUGGCAGUAUGUUGGGCGAAUAACUAGCUCAUUAGAUUCAGCCAGCAGCAGUUAACAAAGAUUUGAAUUUCCACGGCAGUAUGUUGGGCGAAUAACUAGCUCAUUAGAUUCAGCCAGCAGCAGUUAACAAAGAUUUGAAUUUCCACGGCAGUAUGUUGGGCGAAUAACUAGCUCAUUAGAUUCAGCCAGCAGCAGUUAACAAAGAUUUGAAUUUCCACGGCAGUAUGUUGGGCGAAUAACUAGCUCAUUAGAUUCAGCCAGCAGCAGUUAACAAAGAUUUGAAUUUCCACGGCAGUAUGUUGGGCGAAUAACUAGCUCAUUAGAUUCAGCCAGCAGCAGUUAACAAAGAUUUGAAUUUCCACGGCAGUAUGUUGGGCGAAUAACUAGCUCAUUAGAUUCAGCCAGCAGCAGUUAACAAAGAUUUGAAUUUCCACGGCAGUAUGUUGGGCGAAUAACUAGCUCAUUAGAUUCAGCCAGCAGCAGUUAACAAAGAUUAAAUGGGGCCAGCACAGUAUCUAUUUGCCUUAGUUUUUUUUUGUUUUUUAAAUUAUGUCUAGAAUUGUAAAUGAAAUUCCUUUUUUUUUUCCAAACUUAGAGCUUUUUGCUGGGCAAGGUGCACUAACAGUUUUGUCUGUUCAUUUUAUUCUUCUUUGAUAGCUCUACUUAUAUACAUCUACAACAUAGUUGGACAUACUAACCUGGUUAAUUUAAGUCUGUCUGCUGCUGUCAAGUGAAAUGUGCCAGCUUGGGGCUCCAUUGGGAACAAUCAGUGUUUUUGUGAUUUAUAGACUGUAAAAAUAUUGUUUGAAAAAACACACCAAAAGGGCAACUUUUUUUUUAUUGCUGUGAUGUUUCUUUUUUCUUUAAUUUAUUUUUCACAUUUUGUAAUGUGUUUAUUGUCAAGGGAUUGUAAUGUGUUUAUUGCCAAGGGAUUGUAAUGUGUUUAUUGUCAAGGGAUUGCCUUCAACUUCCAGUUAAGUAUCUAUUCUUGCCAAGUUUUUGACUCUUCCAUUGACAUAAUAAAAAAUUCUUUUUCCAUUAAUGUUGGUUUGGAUUGAGCUGCGAACCCCCUGCUACAUAUGCUCACACUACCACAAAGCAUCAGGCUUGUGAGGGUUAAAGCUGGUUAAAAAAAAAAACCAAAAGUAAUGACAAAAGUCUGCAUAAUAAAAACAGAAUAAUUUGUUCAUAGCUACGACAUGAAUCAAAAAAUGUGUUGAAAUUGUUGUUAAAUUAAGCAUUCCUGUUGGCUUUUCAAUACAUGCAAUUACUGACUGAUAGUAAUGCCUUCUUUGUUUGAUGGUAAACAUUGGCUCAGCUCAAUGAUGGUUCCAGUGAAAGUUGUGAUGGAAAGAAACCAAGCUGUGAUUACUGUAUCAUAGAAUGUGAGGUAACAGUACAGUCAAAUAUUAACUUCCAUGGAUGUAGUUCUUUACCUGUAAACUUGCAUUUUGUCAUUCCCACUGUCUUAUGUUCAUAUCUUCUGAGAUGCUACUUGGAAUAUUAGCUUUACAGUGUUGUAUGGGAGGAGUUGUUUUGCUAAAAAAAAAUAAAUCCUACUUUGAAUAGAAUAUUAAAAGGGUUGCAUAUCAGUAUGGUAACACAAAUAUGCAUAUGUACUUAUAUAAUGUGUAAAUUAUUGCAUGUGAAUUUACAGUAUUAUAUUAUCUGAGUUUUCCUGACAGAAUGGAUCAAUAUAUUCGUUACAUUUGUAAUGCAGAACAAAAAUGUCAUUUCUUUGAGUUAAAUCCCUUGAAAAUUCUACCUCUUAUGUUCCAAUGGAAAUCUUCCAACUACUGCAUCAUUGAAAACUUGUUCAAAACUUUCUUGUACAUUUGUAGUAUUAAUGACAUUGACUUCUUGUUCUUGUUUAUACAAUGUGAUUUGCUACUAAGUCAUUAAAAAGGAAAGAUUGAAAUA